AUGUUUCAAUUGCGCAUUUAUUCUCUGGAACGUUCUGUGAAAUUUGUUUACUCUGAUUCUAUAUUCAAUCCGAAACAUUUCAAAAAUUUCACUAUGACUUUAGUGAACGGCACAUUGAACAUGGACAUGACUUUAUUGCGUCCCAUACAGCGAGGAUUCAAAGCUCACGUUGAUUAUCAGCUGAAGCUGAAGAAUGCCAAGAAUUUUCAAUCAAUUUUAAGCCAUUUGAUCGAUAUCUGUUCGGUUGUGGACAAUAUUAAGGAUGGACUUUUCAAGAACUGGUUCAAAAGCAUGUUGAAACAUGGAAACUUCAAGCUCAAUUGUCCAGUGGACGUGGGAACUUAUUAUUUACGCAACUGGCGCAUGGGCACAUCACAUAAGUUUCUAUAUCCAGGCGAGUAUUCCGGCAAAAUUAAUUUUUUCUACGGCAAGUAUAAAACCAAAACUGAAGAACAUGUGCUGUCUGUCACACUUGCCAGCGUUAUAAGUGGCUAAGCAGCAACUUUGGCUUGAU